CUCUGUGCUCUUUGACUCUGUUGGCCUUAUAAGGCAUCUGGCGUCAUGGCAACGGCAGGGCUUGAAUAGCAGUGUCAAAUCCCUGAGCACACAGACACACGCUAACUCUCCCUAAAGGGGGAGACCGAGCCGGGAGAGGCGGAGAGAGGCUGACGUGAAGCUGAGAGGCAGCCGGGCCGGCCGGGUCCGCUUCACCAAAGACUCCGUUCCGUCCGUGAUCGGCUUUUUCCUGCUUCUUGGACUCAUUUAUUCCUAUUGGAGGAGGAGGACGACAGAGUGCAACAGUACACCCCGACUCCCUGGCAGGGAAUGUGAAGAGGUUCUGGCCUCUGCUUGUAACUGCUGGAUGGACAGUGACUUAACAAGGCUGAGAAGAAAAAAAAGUGUCUCACGGGAGGUCGACUUUGUUUCUGCCUUUUUUUUUUUUUGUAUUUGUCUUGUGACAUUUGAGCCUUUGCAGCAGAGUUGGAGGCGCACAAAGAAAACAGAAGUCAACUUCAGAGAAGAGGACUAAUGAAUUGAGUUGCCGCAGAAACCACAGAGGCAUUUUUCCAAAAGAAAGAGGGAGUGUGUCGUCUUCCUCAGACCUCUCUGGUUCGAAUAGAACGCAUGAAGCCAGUGUCAGCAUUUUUAUGGAUUUCUUUUUUAUGCAUCACUUUUAGGUCACAAAGUUUCUGAGUGGAUGAACAUUUCUUCCCCCCCCUUCAUCGGUGUCACCUCUGCCUCGACAAGUCAAGAGUUGAGUCUGGACUCGAGCUGGCCCAAGAUCAGCAGAUAAACACCCCAGCGCUGCACGGGAACUGGUUGGACGAGUUUAGAAGUUGGAGCAGAGGGCAGGGUAGUUUAACCCUGCCUCAAGGAGAGCACUGUUUUAUUUUCCUCCCACUUGUCCUUUUGCAAGAAAGCAGUCACGCGUAGAGACGCAGAGUGACUGUAGCUGAGUUUGUUCUUCUUCUCAGAGGGGGGAAAGAAAGUCUGUGAAUGAAAGUGGAGACCAGAAUGGGAGACAAAGUGUAAUUUAUUGUUUCCUGGGUUUGAGAAGGCUGCACCCUUUUUUUUCUUCUCCUGCCUGAACUCUGAACCGCUCAGUGUGUGUGCGUAAAGUUUUCUCAGGAACCAUUGAUUGGAGGUCAGGGCAGCAUAAACAAGAGCAAAAGGCAAGAACAGAGGGAGCAGCCAGAUUAAGGACCAGAGUGCACCAGGGAAGAUCGCCGGGUCAAUCCAAACAGACGACAAGGAGGGAAAGGUCAUCGCAGAGACAACUUUUCAUCCUUUUGCUACCUUGGAGAUCAAACUGGAGCCAGCCCAUUGCCCCUUUUGUGACUUAAAACCGGAGCGGGUCAGCGUAUGAUCCAAGGCCACUAUGGCCAUGGUAAGUGGGGGAUGGGGCAACCCCAACGGGGACGCCAUGGGACUGGAGGAGAAGGUAUACCUGCGGCGGGAGGAGGAGGAGGCUUCGCCCCACGCCGGAAGCAGCGAUGUGGACGUCGCCGAUGAGGACAAGGCCUGCGUGCUGGACUGCGUGGUGUGCGGCGACAAGUCCAGCGGGAAACACUACGGCGUGUUCACGUGCGAGGGCUGCAAGAGCUUCUUCAAAAGGAGCAUCCGACGUAACCUCAACUACUCCUGCAGAUCAAACCGAGAAUGCCAAAUCGACCAGCACCAUCGCAACCAGUGCCAGUACUGUCGACUCAAGAAAUGUUUCCAUGUUGGCAUGCGCAAAGAAGCUGUCCAGAGGGGUCGCAUCCCACCUUCCCACUCAGGUAUCAGUCCCAACUCCCAACGGGCCGGCGGAGCGGGAGGCGUGUUGCCCAAUCACCUGGGAGCAGACUACUUCAACGGGCAGCCGGUGUCGGAGCUCAUCUCCCAGCUGCUUCGGGCCGAGCCGUACCCUCACAGCCGCUACGGGACCCCGUACGGCCAGGCGCAGAUGGGAGCUUCUGCGAGCGGAGCCUCCGUCAUGGGCAUUGACAGCAUCUGCGAGCUAGCUGCCCGCCUCCUCUUCAGCACCAUCGAGUGGGCCAGAAACAUCCCGUACUUCCCAGAGCUGCCAGUUUCGGAGCAGGUGGCGCUGCUGAGGCUGAGCUGGAGCGAACUUUUCAUUCUCAACGCAGCCCAGUCUGCUUUGCCACUCCACAUGGCCCCCCUGCUGGCAGCGGCCGGCUUCCACUCGUCCCCAAUGUCUGCCGAGAGGGUGGUGUCCUUCAUGGACCAGGUCAGGAUCUUCCAGGACCAAGUGGACAAGCUCAACAGACUGCAAGUGGACACAGCUGAAUACAGCUGCCUGAAAGCCAUCGCUCUCUUUUCACCAGAUGCAUGCGGUCUGAAUGAUCCAGCCCACGUAGAGUCCCUGCAGGAGAAGGCCCAGGUGGCGUUGACCGAGUACGAGAGGUUGCAGUACCCCAACCAUCCCCAGCGCUUCGGCCGCUUGCUCCUGCGCCUGCCGGCUCUUCGUGCCGUGCCAGCCAACCUCAUCUCGCAGCUCUUCUUCAUGCGCCUGGUGGGCAAGACCCCCAUCGAGACGCUGAUCCGAGACAUGCAGUUGUCGGGGAGCUCCAUCAGCUGGCCCUACGCCCCGGGACCGUAGCCAACCUGCCGACACGCUGACAGUCGACGGGAGGAUGCAGAGAACUUGAAAAGGCUGGAGAAGGCCAGGUCGUUUUAUUUGCAGCACUUGCGUGUUUAGGCUCUGGCCUUCAUCUGCGCUCUCUUAGUCUCAUUCUGGACUACAGAAAUUAAAAUGGAGAUUUAGGCCAUGAGCACAUACUACCUCCCAUAUCAUCCUUAAUGUGACUGACUUUGAUCCGUGUGUGUGUGUGAGUUUGUGUGUGUGUUGUCUGCUUUAAGCCCAUAUGAAGCCACAGCAACAGCACAUCUACCCACAUUAGCCCGUGUGGGUCUUUCUUCAUGUUGUGCCGAAUUCAUCGGAGUUGUUACCAAAUGUAUUGUAUCGCCCAAGUCAUGUUGUUGCAGUGCGUCGGUCUAUGGCGAGCCGCUCGAUCAUUUAUUCGAAAUCCAUCCAAACGUCCAUCAACUAGUAUGACAACUCGAACAAGGCAAAAUUGUGCAUUAGUUGGCAAUUGUGUGCUACUGGUACGACUAAAGACAUCAAAUUAUACUAGUUAACAUCUACUGUUGUACUAUAGUGUCAUUCAGCUGUCAACUAGUGCACAAGUUUGUCUCACUUUUAACAUGUACAUUUUUUAAUAUUCUGCCAAAGUUGCCCUACUGGAGAAGAAUUUCGAAUAAAUGCUCAAACAGCUUUCUAAA